AUGAGUUCGAUAUUUCCGCUGCUGUAUUUGCUCUUCUGCGACGAAAUGUGCAUCCGUUUCCGGUCGUUGAGGACGCGGUGGCGCAUGGAGGUGGCCAAGGUGCUCGCGUCCACUCCACGGACUACGUGUCAAGUACUGGAGUCAGAGCGGUUGGCGCACGCGCAGCUCUGCGAUCUCGUCGAGGAGGUGCGCGUCGCGUUCGGUCCCCGGCUCACCACGUACCUGCUUUUCGUGUUCCUCGAACACCUGGCCCGAUUCUACUUUGACACGUACGUGAUGCCCACUUACAGGUUCAAGCACUCAGCGCUGGAGAACAAGGGCGUCAGUAUGUUGGAGUCAUUAAUGUUCCUGGGGCAUGCCUGGAUCGGUACAUACCUGGUCGCCUAUUUGUCAGAUACGCUCACCGAAUCUAGCAAAGAAAUAAUAACUGACUUAAGAAACAUACCGAUAUGGAAAUUACCUCAAGACUGCUCUGAACAGGUUACUUUCUUCAUGUCUCAAGUACAAAAUUCUCAAACCGUUAUAACAGCUUCUGGUCUAUUCACGGUUAACAAAACUAUUCUAUCAUCAGGCGUAUCCGUUAACCUUGCUCGCAAUGCAAGGCAAUCAGGACUCAGGCGACGAUCUUUUAUAAAUACGCUAUCCACAGACACCAAGCAGUACAGUUCUCGUUUACUAGUUGCCGUAGCACAAGACAAUAUUGAAGAAAUCAUGAGCCGAUUUGUCGUAUUUGUCUCGAUGGCGUUGAUGUCGGUGGCGUUGGCCGCCGCCCAGCAGAACGCCGCCAUACUGACCGACGCCCGGUACCUGUCCAACAACGGUCAGUUUGGCGCCGCUUACACGCAAGGCGACGGUGUGCAGUUCAAGGAGGAAGCGGACGCUGAGGGUAACAGACGAGGCUCGUACAGUUACGUAGACCCCAACGGCCAAAGGCGCACAGUCAGCUACACCGCCGGCAAGGACGGUUUCAAGGCCACCGGUGAUCACUUGCCGGUAGCCCCGACUCCCGUUCCAGUACCCGCUGCCCACAACGCACCCGCACCCAAGUCGGCUCCAUGGCAAGACCAAUGGUCUCAACAACCAGCAGUCCCAAACCAAUGGAACCAAUGGAACUCUGCACCAACACCUAAGUAUGACGAUGGACAAUGGAACCAAUGGAGCUCAGAAACCGGAUCGGAUUCCGAUGAUGGUCAAUGGAACAAAUGGAGUUCAGAAGUUGCAUCAUCGAAGUCCGAUGACGGUCAAUGGAACCAAUGGAGUUCAGAGUCAUCUAACGACGGACAAUGGAACCAAUGGAACUCCGCUCCAUCGACUGCGGCGCCAAAACACAGUCAAUGGAACCAAUGGAACUCCAUUCCAACCACUGCCAAAUGGAACCAAUGGAACUCUGCCCCAACGCCACCACCCUCUUCCUACAACGUCAACCAUGCUUCAGGCAAAUUCAACUUGAACAGAUCUCCAGACGGUUUCAGCUACACGUUCAGUCAAAACUGAUGCGCACCUAUAGCUAAGCCGCAAGCAAACCACUAAAUGUAUCAUAUUGUUCUUCAAUCGAUUUGUUUUUAUAUUUUAUUAAAGACUAGUCCACGUUAAAAAAAAAAAAAAAUAAAAUAACUUUAUAAAAUAUA